AUCCAAUCGAUUCCAAGAACCGGACAUGUCUUUGCGAAUUCUGGCUUUCGUCCUCCUCCUUCUGGCCUGCCUCGCCGGCUACUGCCUCGCCCAGGACCUAGACGAUGGCGCUUCGCCGCGCAUCGUGGGCGGCACGCGGGCCGUUGCGGGCCAGUUUCCCCACCAGAUCUCCCUGCGGCGCAACGAUCGUUUCGUCUGCGGCGGCUCCAUACUAUCCACCAGCUACGUGCUGACUGCCGGCCACUGCGUCAAGUCGGGCAACAAUGUGACUCCCGCCUCACAGCUGAGCAUUCGGGCGGGCACUUUGCUGCUGUCCGGCGGUGGUGUGCGCGUGAAUGUGGCCCAAGUGGUGGUGCAUCCACAGUACGGCAACUCUGCGGGCCACGAUGUGGCUGUGCUCCGCCUGGGCUCCACGCUGCUAUUCAGCUCCCUGAUAAAGGCCAUCCCGCUGGCCAGCAGUGAUCCGCCCGACAAUGCCCUGGUGGACAUCUCCGGCUGGGGCGCCAUCUUCCACAACGGACCCGUCUCCGAUCAGCUGCUCUAUGCCCAGGUGCGCAACCUCGCCCGCGACACGUGCAAGCAGAAGUACUACAGCCGUCUUUCCGACACCACCAUGUGCCUGCUGCACGAGGCCAAGAAGGGCGCCUGCCAUGGGGACUCGGGCGGUCCGGCCACCUACGGCGGCAGCCUGGUGGGCGUCGCCAGCUUUGUGCUCGGCGGCUGCGGCCGAGCAGCGCCCGAUGGCUACGGGCGCAUCUCGGUGCUGCGCCAAUGGAUACGACAGACAGCAAAGCUGUAGAAUGGGAUACCGUUAUGGGGUCAUCACUCUCUCUCUCACAACUCUGCCACUCAUUUGGCGUCAAGCGAAUUGUAACCGAAUUUUAGAACAGUAAAGAUGAGCAACGAGCAUUA